AUGGAUGUUAGUGAGAAUCUAAAUAUGACAGUCUCCAGCGAAAUAGACAACAUCAUAAGAUCUCUAGUAGCAAACUCGGACAUAAUAUUCAAAAGCCAACAGAGAGGUGACUCCGAGCUAAACGCCAGCGAAAAAACCGUAAUCGCUCUAAAUACUUUCAAUGAAAAUAAAACCAGUUUCCUAAUGAAGUUUGGCAAAUAUUUAGGACAAGAUCAACUGAACUUUUUUGACCAAUUUACCAAAGACUUUAAAGAAAUCGAAUUGGUUUUGCAAGACUUGAAAACAAACAAUACCAAGAAACGUAAUAUACAAGUCAAAAAUAGGCGCUACGAAGCAUUGCAACAAAUGAGUAAGGAAAAUUCUUAUUUUUCGGAAAUUGAAAUGAUGAAAAGGAACCCGUUACUCUACGAACAUUUGGUGGGUCAAUAUCUGUCAGAAGAUGAAAAAAGAGAAAGGGACAAAUACGAAAUGAAAGAGGACGUGACUUUGGUAAAAAUUUUAAUGGAAGGCAUUGAGCGAAAUAAGGCUGAACUCACAAGACAACUUCAGCAGCAAACAGAAGACAGUCAAAUGGAAGAAAGCGAUUCGUCAAGUGAUUCGUCAGACGAAGAAAGAGACGUUGAAGAAAUUUCAGUUUCAGUUAAAAGCGCCAGGCCUUCUACAUCAAGAUGGGGCGAAUUUGAAGAGCACACUAUUCAGGCUACAAAAAGCAAAAAAUCUACACCAAUGGUAACUAUGACCGAAAGGCUACUACUAAAAGAAGAAUUUGUUUCAACGAUGCAUCAAAACUUUGUUGAAGGAAAGGAUUCGGAUUAUUUCGAUUACAGCACAGUGGAUGAUAAUUCCAGCUAUGACAAUAUAAGUGAGAUGGACCAUGAUGCUGAAGAUAAGUAUUUUGACAGUGAAGAUCCUGAUGAAGACGAAAUUCGUGAUUAUGAGAGUAGCGAAGACGAGCUGGAUAUUUAUAUGAACGCUUUAAAUCAGCAUCCAGCGGUGUGUCAAUUAGCUAAAAGUAUUGAUGAGAGGUUAUAG